AUGAAGGAAGGCGACGAUGUUGCGCCGGUUAUUGAAAAUCAACCACCACAUAGCACCAACAAACCGAAGGUGGAGGAUGAAGUAAAUGAUAAACGUAAGUAUUCUGAGAAGUUCGAUAAGAUUUUAACAGACAGCGACACUGUAAUCAAGCAUGAAUCAAAAUCACCGGUGAAUAAUUCUCAGUCAGAGGAGAGUAAUAAACUCACAAAUGACGAUCUAAUUGACUCGGACCAAACUAGAGCUCGUAUUAAAAAAUUCGUUCCAAUGGGAAUGGUAAUUGUAUUUGUGACUGUGUUAUAUGUUUUCUUCAUCACCUAUUUUGCGUGCAUUUAUCAUGGACAAAAAUCUCCAACCAUACCAUCAUUACCAUUCUGGAAAUCUACAGUUGGUUACUGGUUAGAUGUGUUUGCAUUCAAAGAUUCUUCUGGUGAUUUAGUUGGCGAUCUCAAAGGUCUCACAUCUGAAAUUGAUUAUAUCAAAACUGUAAUCGGUGCAGGUUAUGUGAUACUCGGUCCCAUCACAAAAGGCUUUUACACUAAUUCACACAAUAUGCUCGGAUUAGUGGAUGACUAUGAACAGUUAGAUGAAGCUGUUGGUACAAUGGAUGACUUUCGUGCUCUUUUGAAACAAUUUCAUGAGAAAGAUGUCAAAGUCAUCUUGACAUUUGAUUUCAAUGCCAUAUCUAUCGAUCACAAAUGGAUUCAAGAGAGUAAAGUCAAACUGAAGUCAUUCGAAGAUCCCUACAACAAUAAGAUGUCACGUUACGGCAAGCCAAUCGAUGUAGAUAUCGGUGGAAAGAAAUUCUAUUCUGUAUUCGGUGCACCAAAUGUCGAUUUGGAUCUGACUGAUCCCGAUACUCAGAAACAGAUAUUUAAUGUGAUCGACCAUUGGAUGGAAAAGGGUAUAGAUGGAAUUCUUUUGGAAAAUGCAGCAUUUUUUGUUGAAGAAGAGGAAAAUGUAAAAAGAGAG